AUGAAGCUUUCUCUAUUGGCUGUCUCUUCCCUUUCCAUGACGAGCGCUAGCCUGACCGACUCUCUUCGCCGUCGUCUUUCCUUUGAAAAGAUUGCUGGAUAUGCUCCAGGAACUCAGGUGACGGAUCACUGCGCCAUUGAUUUGGACCAAGCUGCCAUCGAAACCGAAUUGGCCAAACAAACGGAUUCUAGCUUUGCAACCGCCGGCAAUAUUUACAACCAAGGUGGAAGCUCCAAGUCGUAUGCUCAGAUCACCUUGAGCACUCCUUUGUCGUCGGCCAUUCAAAACGAUGCUGUCAUUGUCGGAACGAAUGCGGAUGGUUCCUCGACCGUCGGCAAGGCGUAUGAAGAUUACCCACAAGGAACCACCAGCCUCAAGGUGCAAUACCAAACCAGUGAUAUGCAGGCGAAUCAUGUGACGUGCAUGGUCGGUGGCCUUCCCACCGAUCUUCAAACCACGGUUGGUUGCUUGGCGGGAUCCGGAUCCAUUAACAUUGCUGGCCAGGAUUACGACUACACUUACGAUCCAACCACCGACAACAACAAUGGCCGAACCAUUGCCGGAUUCUCCACGGAUGCUGGCCAAAAGAUGCGCCUGAACUGCGACGGGUGCCCGUACGAUGACCAUCGCUUCUUCUACAACUAUUAUGGCGUCGAUGACUAUGGGCAUCAAUGGGUGACUGCCGCAUUGAACGGCGAAAAGACAACCUUUGACAAGGGCAAUGCCGACUUUUCGGUCUAUUCGCUGAAUGGUCGUACCGAGGCCGUCAAGAAGGGAACUGUCUUUUUGAACAUUUUUCAGUACGUCAUUCGAGAAUUCGAAGAUGCUUUGGACGACUGCGAGCGUGGAUGUGACCUGGAUGCGUGCAACGACGACGCCGUCCAUGCGUGGGACGAGGGCGUCUGCUUUUACACUGGAUCCAUUGAAGCACAAGAUGGUGUCACCAGUGAUGGAAAGCUUCUCCACCAACUGGCUGACAAGCGAUGCGCUGAUUUCAAGACAUGCAGCAAGGACGGCGGUGAACUAGAAGGUCAGGCCAAAUUGAAUCAUGAUCUUUUCAAGUUGUACGCCAAGGGCAAGUACGAAUUGCAAACCAAAAAUUGUGGCGAGGCCAGAAGUACCGUGAACGAGAUCACCAAGUUGCUCUACAUUCCUUUCAUUCAAGGUACGUUGCGAUAUGCAUACAAGAUGGACAAGCUCGGUGACGACAGUGAGAAGUCCGCCGCCGAAGCAGCUGUGUUUGCCGCCGCCGUCUUGCCCCGAAUCGCUGCCGCAGAUGAAGCUGCUGCCGAUACCAUCUAUGAAAACGUAAAGGUUGGAGUUUCAACUACUGAUUUCGCUGAUGUCAAGGAAGCCUUUGAGUUUGUCUACAAGGACUUGGGCAUCAAGUGUUCCGAUAUUGGAGGAUUGUGGAACUCUGCUCUUGGCGAGUAUUACGAGGGAGCUGGACCCUGCAAAAAUGGUUUGAUGAGCGAAAUGACUGACGACAAGUUGAUCGUUAUCAUCGUCGGAUCCACUCUUGGAGGACUUUUCUUCAUCUCCGUCCUGUUCUUGUGCUUCUCGAGAGCGCGAAAGAGCAGCGGUGCUGGAGGAAAGCAGCCAGAUCUUGAAGCCACAACUGAUGCCGAGGUCAGCUAA